AUGUUCCGCCCAUUGCUUCUGCGAUUACUCCCGCUCACAUUGGCACGCGAGUUUUCGCAUAUACCCAAGCUGGCUGCCGGCCAGAAGCCUUUCCACCUGGACAGCUCGGAUGACGUAGAUAUCGUCACUGGGAGCCGCUUCUACGGCCUCAAGACGUUUGCGAAUCUGCCAUAUGUGCACUGCUUCUCUGGAGAUGGUGCGAGUGCCCCUGAGGCUUUUGAUAUUGCCUUUAUGGGUGCACCAUUCGAUACGAUUGAUAACCCAUACGUCUUGAAGGGAGUCACCGCUCGCCCUGGGGCCCGGUACGGUCCCGGAGGCAUCCGCACGGGUAGUCAGAGGAUGGGCGCAGAGUUUGCUUGGAGUGUCUACACCGGGAGAAACCCUCUCAAGUCAUGGGCCACUGUUGUGGACUGCGGCGAUGCGCCGCUGGUAUGGCUCGAUAACACCGUCGCAAUCAAGCAGUUGGACAAGGCCCACCGGGUGGUGUCCGGACGAAAAGCGGCCAACACCAGCUACUCCGUGACGCCGCGCAUCAUCACGCUGGGCGGGGACCACACGACCACGCUGUCGGCGCUGCGGUCUACGCACGAAAGUUGGGGCCCUGUCUCUGUUGUGCAUUUUGAUAGCCAUCUUGGUAAGUGCAGUAUCCCUCUCACUAGAUACGAUCUGUUUUCUGAUGACAUGCAGAUACCUGGGAUCCGAAAGUUCUUGAACCUCAUCCUCAACAGCUCGAUCCACGCCGGGAUCCGCGCCCCCUUGUCGCGAGCUAAAGGUGACAUGCGCAAUGACUUGCGUUGCGGCUUCCACACCAUCAAGGCGCGGGACCUUGACCGCAUCGGAGCCGCUGGCGUCAUCUCGCAGAUCAAGGAGCGAGUGGGCGACUCCAAGGUCUACAUAAGCGUGGACAUCGAUGUGCUGGAUCCCGCCUUCGCUCCCGCCACUGGUACGGCGGAGCCUGGCGGGUGGUCGACCAGAGAGCUACUCACCAUCCUGGACGGCCUGAUUGGGCUCGAAGUUGUUGGAGCAGAUGUGGUAGAGGUCGCGCCGAUCUACGACAACCCGGGGGAAACGACAGUUUUAGCUGCGGCGGAAGUGGCCUUCUCCUUGCUCGAACUUAUGGUCGAAACUCCUGUCAAGUCACUCGCUGAUUGA